CUACAUGUCUCCACGCACUCAAUUGCCCUCAAAAGCCCUCCAAUCCGCACUCCGCACACCCCUCAAGGUCCCAAGAAACGCGCCAAUCGAGCGCCAACUCUCGGCCUACCUCCACCGCCGAACUUCCGCACCCAACAUGUCCUUCCUCCUCCCCGGCCUGCGCCACGGCGCUCUCCUCGCAACACCCCUAAUCCUUAGCACACCGCUGCUGUACCACAACUUGCGACACGCCCAAUCCAUCCGUUGCGACUCUGCGGACCCGCUCGCGAAGCUUGGUGACCUGCGCAGCACAUAUGCCCACGAUGCGCAGACACCUGUGAUCACGCAGUCCGGGGCGCCCAAUCCGAAGGCGGUGCGGCAGAUUAGUAUGGGGAGUAUAUUGGGUGUGCUGGGAGGUCUGGGGAUCAGUGUGUUCAGUAAGCCGUUGGCGAUUUUGAUUGGGUUGGGAGUUGUUUUGCUCCAGUUCGUCGAGUCGAGAGGCAUCCACAUCAUCCCCUACUCGUAUCUGCAGCGCCGCUUCAGGUCGACGAAUGUGCGGUCGUUGGUACAGGAUAACGUCGCUUUCAAGCUGUCAUUCGGCUUGACAUUUGCACUGGCUGCAUUUGCCGAGUUCUAGUCUAGUGAACAUUAUCGAGUAGCGUUUGCUAUUGUACGAGCUCGUGGUCGUCGCUAUGCUAUGCGAAACGACCGUGGCCUUGAGCCAUCAUUUGGGGCUGUAGCUGCAUCUGAAGUUGUUUGCAGCUCUGCCAAAAGCCUUUGACGGUGUCUUU